AUGUGUCACGGCUCUAGUGGCGUGGAGAAAGGAGCCGCGGCAAAAGACCUUACCUCGUGCACUUGUGCUAAUUACGCCGGUGUCUACAUUGCCGAGUGGCCCCAUCCACCCGUCACAGCCCCAUCCACCCGUCACAGCCCCAUCCACCGUCACAGACCCAUCCACCCGUCACAGACCCAUCCACCCGUCACAGACCCAUCCACCGUCACAGCCCCAUCCACCGUCACAGCCCCAUCCACCGUCACAGACCCAUCCACCCGUCACAGCCCCAUCCACCUGUCACAGCCCCAUCCACCCGUCACAGACCCAUCCACCCGUCACAGACCCAUCCACCGUCACAGCCCCAUCCACCUGUCACAGACCCAUCCACCGUCACAGCCCCAUCCACCGUCACAGACCCAUCCACCGUCACAGCCCCAUCCACCGUCACAGACCCAUCCACCCGUCACAGCCCCAUCCACCUGUCACAGCCCCAUCCACCCGUCACAGACCCAUCCACCCGUCACAGACCCAUCCACCGUCACAGCCCCAUCCACCGUCACAGACCCAUCCACCCGUCACAGCCCCAUCCACCUGUCACAGCCCCAUCCACCCGUCACAGACCCAUCCACCCGUCACAGACCCAUCCACCGUCACAGCCCCAUCCACCUGUCACAGACCCAUCCACCUGUCACAGACCCAUCCACCCGUCACAGACCCAUCCACCCGUCACAGACCCAUCCACCCGUCACAGACCCAUCCACCCGUCACAGACCCAUCCACCCGUCACAGACCCAUCCACCCGUCACAGACCCAUCCACCGUCACAGCCCCAUCCACCGUCACAGCCCCAUCCACCGUCACAGACCCAUCCACCCGUCACAGCCCCAUCCACCUGUCACAGCCCCAUCCACCCGUCACAGACCCAUCCACCCGUCACAGACCCAUCCACCGUCACAGCCCCAUCCACCUGUCACAGACCCAUCCACCUGUCACAGACCCAUCCACCCGUCACAGCCCCAUCCCCCGUCACAGACCCAUCCACCCGUCACAGACCCAUCCACCGUCACAGACCCAUCCACCGUCACAGACCCAUCCACCCGUCACAGACCCAUCCACCCGUCACAGACCCAUCCACCGUCACAGACCCAUCCACCGUCACAGACCCAUCCACCCGUCACAGACCCAUCCACCCGUCACAGACCCAUCCACCCGUCACAGACCCAUCCACCGUCACAGACCCAUCCACCGUCACAGACCCAUCCACCCGUCACAGACCCAUCCACCCAUCCACCCGUCACAGACCCAUCCACCGUCACAGACCCAUCCACCGUCACAGACCCAUCCACCCGUCACAGACCCAUCCACCGUCACAGACCCAUCCACCGUCACAGACCCAUCCACCCGUCACAGACCCAUCCACCGUCACAGACCCAUCCACCCGUCACAGACCCAUCCACCCGUCACAGACCCAUCCACCCGUCACAGACCCAUCCACCCGCGCGGCGUUCCGGUGUCGGCGAACGAGCUGAAGGCUGACGGGAGCAGGGAGCAGACACGUCCCGGAAACGAUCCCAAAGCAGAGAGAAGGAAGUGA